AUGCGCGGUCGAUCAUCCGGUGCAGCUGAGUGUACCCACUCAGAUCCAAUCCCCACCCUCUCUUAUCACAUCCGCAAGGAUCACUACGACAUCAAUUGCACUAACGAACACUCUACCCUCAAUACCGAGGUGUCGGGAGCCCAUGCACGGGUGCAAUGCACUGCCAGAUGGGAUAGGCGCACGGUCUUGUUGGUCGAUCAUUUCGUUAGCGGGAUCUGGAUCUUGGAAGGGCAAGGCUUCAAGAUUGAACUCCGCAUGGAGGAAGGACACGGAUGA